AUGGAGAUUGAGUCAAUGGUGGCAAACUGUGCUCUCAUAAAAGCACGAGAAGUAGGCAACGGUGGGAACCGCAAAGGAAGGAGUCGAAAAUGGAAGGAAUUUCUGCGUUUCCCGCACAUAAACGAGUGCACAGAGCUGGAGAAAAGCAUCGAGCGAGAUUAUUACAGUCUGUGUGUCAAACAGCCCAUCGGAAAACAACUCUUCCGUCUUUUAUGUGCAACUAAAUCUGAUCUGCAGCACUGCAUCAACCUGUUGGAUGAAACGGCGGAAUAUGAGGUCACACCGGAUGACAAGAGAAAGAACUUUGGAAAAGAACUCAUCAACAAAUAUCUCACCUCACAGUUCUCUAGGGUGCGUGCGAUUGUAGACUGGGAACUUGAGAAGUGCAGUGAAAAUAUAUUCAGCAGCUGCCAAAAGUCAGUUCCUCAAGUUUGGUUAUCAUUGCAUCUGUACUUUGGGUCUUGCAGGGCACUUCACGAGUAUCUGAGUGGAGCUCCAUUUGCAGAGUACCAGAAAAGCAUGUACUUUGACCGAUUCCUGCAGUGGAAGAUGGUGGAGAGACGCCCGAUCACACGAGACAUAUUUCGAGAGUACCGUGUUUUGGGAAAGGGUGGGUUUGGAGAGGUGUGUGCGUAUCAAUCCCGAGCAUCAGGGAAAAUGUACGCGUGUAAGAAACUGGAGAAGAAGCGCAUUAAGAAGCAGAGAGGAGAAGCCAUGGCCCUCAACGAGAAACAGAUUCUAGAACGGGUCAACAGCAGAUUUGUGGUCAGUUUAGCAUACGCUUACGAGACGAAAGAGGAUCUUUGCCUGGUGCUGACACUGAUGAACGGAGGAGACCUAAGGUUUCACAUCUAUAACAUGGGCACCGAGGGGCUCAACAAAGAAAGAGUAGAGUUUUAUGCUGCUGAGAUCCUGUGCGGCUUGAGCCAUCUUCAUAAAAAGUCUAUUGUUUAUAGGGAUUUAAAGCCAGAAAACAUUCUGCUGGAUGAUAAUGCACCAGAAGUCAUUACAAACAUAUACUAUAGUGUAAGUGUGGACUGGUGGGGACUCGGGUGUCUAAUUUACGAGAUGACGGACGGAAAUCCUCCGUUCCGCAGACACAAGGAACGACUGCCGAGACAGGAGAUGGAAAGACGAGUUCUGGAGAUGAUCGAGAAUUACGGGAAGAAGUUUGACGAGGACACCAAAUGCAUCUGCAAAAGCCUCCUGGCUAAAAACCCAAAGGAGAGAUUGGGCUGCAAAUAUGGGCGAGGAUCAGAGGUCAUCAAAGGUCACGUGUUCUUUAAGGACAUAAAUUUUACGAGGCUUGAGGCAGGAAUGAUGCCGCCACCCUUUGUUCCCGACCCGAGAGCCGUUUACUGCGCAGACGUCCUGGACAUCGAUCAGUUCUCUACGGUUAAAGGAGUGAGCCUCGGUGAGGUCGAUGACAAUUUCUACAGCAAGUUUAACACGGGAAGCGUGUCUGUGCCCUGGCAGAAUGAGAUGAUAGAGACCGAGUGCUUCAAAGACCUGAAUGUGUUCGGGCCACGAGGAACAAGAACACCAGAUCUGGACCGCAGCAUUGUGAUCCCAAAGACCAGCUCCGAGACUCAGCUCAUCCAUCGGAGUCCUAUUGAAUACGGCCGACUGCUGAACCGAUUCUUCAAGAGACGCCACAGGGGGCAGUCCGCUGAACCCAUAUAUCGCUCCUUAUCCAGCCAGAGUACUGAAUGACUUCUGCAGAAGAGGACAAAACAAAACACUCUCCUUUUAUCCUCGUGAUUUCUGAUUCAUGUAGAAGACACGAUGGCUUCCUCACUGGAGAGGUUGUUUAAAGUGUCUGUGUUUAUUGAAAAGACUUAUAUUUACUGUAUUACAAACCCUCCUACAGUCUGCAGGGUUUGGGUACUUUUCUCAAGCUUUCAUAUGACCCCCCCAAAAAAAACUGAUUU